UGGGGCUGGGUGGGGAGAGGAGUGUCCCAGGACAGAGGAUGGGAGGUGUCUGCCUCCAAACUUAUAGCCCUGCACACAUACAUAUGCCCUGCUCAGUCUCAGCAGCUGGGAGCAUUGCACACAUCACACCUCUAUCCUGACACAGGCGACACUCACCAUGGGGAGACAGAAGGAACUUCUCAAGAGCGUCUCCGGGAUGCUGCGGAUCCGAAACAAGCUGCUGAGGCAGGCGCUGUCCGAGUGCCUGGGGACCCUGAUCCUGGUGAUGUUUGGCUGUGGCUCAGUGGCGCAGGUGGUUCUCAGUAAGGGGUCCCAUGGUCAAUUCUUGACCGUUAACUUGGCCUUUGGAUUUGCAGUCAUGCUUGGCAUUCUCAUUUCAGGACAGGUUUCAGGUGGGCAUUUGAAUCCGGCUGUAACGUUUGCCUUGUGCAUUAUGGCAAGAGAACCCUGGAUAAAGUUUCCAGUAUACACACUGGCACAGACUUUGGGGGCAUUCCUCGGAGCGGGCAUCGUUUAUGGCCUGUAUUUUGAUGCCAUUUGGUUUUUUGCAAAUGACAGUCUCUAUGUGAUGGGCCCUAACGGCACCGCUGGGAUCUUCACCACUUUCCCAUCGGAUCAUCUGACUCUCAUGAACGGAUUUUUUGACCAGUUUAUCGGCACGGCUGCUUUGGUCGUCUGCGUCUUGGCCAUCGUAGACCCCUACAACAACCCCAUCCCCCGCGGACUGGAGGCCUUCACAGUCGGCUUUGUCGUCCUAGUCAUCGGUCUGUCUAUGGGCUUCAACUCUGGAUAUGCCGUUAACCCUGCCAGGGACUUCGGACCACGUUUGUUCACCGCACUGGCUGGAUGGGGCUCGGAGGUCUUCUGGGCUGGUAACCAGUGGUGGUGGGUCCCCAUCGUCGCACCCUUAUUAGGAGCAGUGGCCGGAGUCAUGGUCUACCAGCUAAUGAUCGGAUGUCACCUCGAGCCUGCACCUCAGUCUACCGAACAAGAAAACGUCAAGCUGGCCAACGUCAAACACAAAGAGAGAAUCUAACCGAGCAGCCGCAAAAGGACUGACCAUAUUCAUAAGGCUGCCUCUAGCCAAGAAGAAAAUAGCCAAUGACUUCCUCGCCUGUUAGAUGUUAGUUGUUUGUUGUAUACUCUUACUCGCUUGUCGGAUGUGCGGAACCGUCUUCCCUUACUGAGCAGACACGUCUUCCCUUGCCAUGCUCUCCACAGACAGCGGCUACGGACGGUGGCCAAGAACAAUGCCAGGACUCCGGUAUUAAUCCCGAUUUACAGUUGUGUUUGCCUAGUCCACUUUGUAACUUUCCAAUCCUGGUUGGUAGCAGAGAAAUUAGAAUUCAGUAUGGUCUAUGUCUUUAUAAGGAGCACAGUUCACUGUUUCCUAAGAGAGAGCAAUUAUCCAUCAAGACCAGGUUCCUGGGGCUGUCUAAGGAUGAUGGGACCAGAAAGUACAGUAGGGUUGCAAUCCUGGAUUCGGCCAAAGGCUAAGGUUUAUAAAGGAUAGAUUGGGUUCACCCCAUUCCGCAGCAGAUUGCUGUCUCUCUGUACAUUCAGUGUCAGAGCUACCGGUAAGGCAUUCCUGCUACUCUGCACAUUAGGAAUCAGAUCUACAGUAUAUAGAGACAUUUUCAUGGGUAAUGGUCCAGAAUACGUCUGUCUCUAACGUGCACUUAAAUUAGGUAUUUAGUAUAUCCCUACUGAUAGUUUCUAGUGCAUGCGUGGUAAAGUCUUCAGUCAUCGUGUUGCAGGGUAAUGUACAUGGCACGUACACAGCCAUCGUUAUAUAUCCACAUGCAAAGUAUUUUCCAACAACUUGCCCUGAUUGGCAUCUAGUGAUGAAACGCGGCUCUAGCUGCGCUCAGUAACAUUCAGUACAAUAUUGGGACAACCCGGCAUUACAGUGUAUUAUUUCAAUAUCUGGGCAUCAGACAAUUCUUUGGGGGGUUUUAUAUGAUGAUUUUUUUUUUCUAUAAGGGAGGAAAAAUGCUGGCCGCAGUUUCAUGUUACGGAUAAAGGGUGUGAGCUUUGUACAUAUGGCUUAUUGCACCUGCUUGUGCAUUGGAUGUAUUUUAUGUGCUGAUAAAUAAAACAUUGUUAUAGAAAAUA